AUGUGUGUACUGAGGAUAAAAGGCCGGUUCUACAAGGCCGGUACUCACAUCAUCAACGUGUACUGUCCGCACGAAGGCAGACCCGACGACGAGAAGGAAGCGUUCUAUGCGCAGCUGGAGGCGACAUACGACAGCUGUUCACCACGGGAAAUCAAGAUCGUUAUCGGGGAUAUGAAUGCCCAGGUUGGUAGGGAAGCAAUGUACAGACCGGUGAUAGGCCCAUGCAGUCUAUACAACGACACGAACGACAAUGGCCAGCGGUGCAUCAACUUCGCAGCUUCCCGAGGCCAGGUGAUCAGAAGCACUUUCUUCCCCCGCAAGGAUAUUCAUAAGGCCACUUGGAGAUCAUCUGACCAACAUACAACAUACCAAAUUGACCACGUCCUCAUCGAAGGCCGAUUUUUCUCAAACAUCACUAACAUACGCUCCCUGCGGCAAAACCGCCCUCCACGGUUUAACAUUCGGCAGUUAAAAGACCCGCAAGCUGCCGAGAAUUACGCGCGCCUGUUGGAUGAAGCACUACCCUCCUCUAGGGAGCUAAAUGCUUCGAAUCUCGAAGACGGCUGGAGUAAGAUUAGCUCUGCCAUCGAAGAGACCGCAACCGCGGUACUAGGCGAGGAAACUACGAGCCCAAGAAACGACUGUUUCGACGGGGAGUGCCAGCAAGCGAUGGAGAGAAGCAAAACAGCUCGGAAUAACUAUCUAAGGAUUGCCACGAGGGAGAAUUUGACCAAAUAUCGACGAGCGCGGAAUAAGUUGACCACGAUACUGAGGCGAAAAAAGCGCCAGCAGGAGGACAGGAAUCGUGACGAAUUAGAACAACUGUUUCAGGCUAAUGAUACGCGCAAGUUCUAUGAGAAGGUGAACCAAUCUCGUAAGAACUACACACCGAAUCCUGACAUGUCUAGGGACGAAGAAGGAAACCUGAUUACAAGCGAGCGUGAUGUAGUCGACAGGUGGCAGCAGUUCUUCGAUAAGCACCUCAAUAGCGAGAUAACAGAUGGAGGCGCAAUGGAAACCUAUCUGGGAGUGCCUUCAAACGAUAAUGAUGUCCCAGCCCCCGACCUCCAGGAGAUCCAGCGAAAAAUCGGGCUGCUGAAGGCAAAAAGAGCCGCUGGAAAAGACCGACUUCCGGUUGAACUCUAUAAACACGCCAAAGACUUCGUAGGGCAGUACCAAGCGGGCUUCAUGGGGGCCCGCCCCACUACGGACCAGAUUUUUGCCCUCCGACAAAUCCUCCAGAAAUGUCGGGAGUACAACGUGACCACAUAUCACAUAUUCAUAGACUUUAAGGCAGCUUAUGAUACAGUCGAUCGAGAACAGCUAUGGCAGAUCAUGCACGACUACGGUUUUCCGGACAAACUGACACGGCUGAUCAAAGCAACCAUGGAGCGAGUUAUACGUUAUACGUAUACGUUCGUGUUUCGGGGGCACUAUCGAGCCCUUUUGAAUCACGCAGAGGUUUAA